UGCCCAGUGUGGGUCAGUGACCCCCCAGGACUGUGCCCAGUGAGGGUCAGUGACCCCCCUGGGCGGUGCCCAGUGCGGGUUAUUGUGUCUGCCUAGUGCUUAAGUCACUGCAGCAGUUCUAUUGGAGCUUCUCAAAUUGAGUUUUGGGGUUCGAUUUACACUGUAAAUUUCACCUGAUGAUCGUAAUCCUUCCCUGUGCAGUCUCACUGGGUGUUAAAUUUUCUGCAGCAUCUUCCCCAGUCUCAGCUGAUGCUGUUCUCCUUUUGACUGCUGGAAAUGUCCUGCUUUUUAUUUUAUUCAUUCACGAGAUGUGAGCGCCAGUGGCAAGGCCAUCUGAUGUAUUGCCCACCACUGAGUGGCUUGCUAGGCCAUUACAGAGGGCAGUUAAGGGUCAGCCACAUUGCUGUGGGACAGGAGUCACAUAUAGACCAGACCAGUGACAAGAGAUCUUCGCGCACUGAAGGCUGUGCGGAGAAGAGACUGAUCCCACAAGCAGCAGUAGAUAAACCCUUGCUGCUUUUGGACACAACGGCCAGCUGACCUAGUGAUUUGUUUGAGGAAGGUCAAAAUUUAUUGAAGUCUCAAGGACUCAGUCAGUCAUAGAAGGACCUUUGGACUUAUUUAGAACUGACCUUCGACUGUAAGCGCAAGUAAAAACCACACACUUUUAACCAGUGAGAUUUUGAAGAUGGCACAGCAUGAGAAUCUGUCUGUGGUGCUCUAUAAGAAACAUGAUCUGAGACUGGAACAACGUCCUGUUCCGGAACCAGGCCCUAAAGAGGUUCUGCUGAAGAUCGAUUCUGUUGGGAUCUGUGGCUCCGAUGUCCAUUACUGGCAAAAUGGAGGAAUUGGAGAUUUUGUUUUAAAGAAACCGAUGGUUCUGGGGCAUGAGGCCUCGGGGACAGUGUUGAAAGUGGGAUCUGGAGUGCAACACCUUAAGGCAGGUGACAGAGUCGCCAUUGAGCCUGGAAUCCCCAGAGAAAUUGAUGAGUAUUGCAGAACUGGGCGCUACAACCUCUCCCCGACCAUUUUCUUCUCUGCUACUCCUCCCGACGAUGGGAAUCUUUGCCGAUACAAUACCCAUGAUGCCAGCUACUGUUACAAGCUCCCUGAAUCUGUGAGCUUUGAAGAAGGUGCAUUGAUUGAGCCCCUUUCUGUUGCAAUUCACGCCUGUCGUAGAGGAGGGGUGACAAUUGGCAGCAAAGUCUUCAUUUUAGGGGCAGGGCCAAUUGGGCUUGUGAAUCUGCUCGUUUCCAAAGCCAUGGGAGCGUCUCAGAUUGUGAUUUGUGAUUUGUCACCGAAUCGAUUGGAGAAGGCUAAGCAGAUGGGAGCCAAUGUGACUGUGGCAGUCGAGAGAAGCAUAAGUGCUAAGGAGCUGGGCCAGAAAGUGAAGCAGGCUCUCGGGGGAGCCAUGCCUGAUAUAUCCAUUGAAUGCACUGGAGUGGAGUUCUGUGUGCAGGCCGGUGUCUUUGCUACCAAGUCCGGAGGCGUGCUGGUUCUCGUUGGUAUGGGCAAGCCUUCAACAAAUAUCCCUGUACUGGAUCUGAUAAUACGAGAGAUUGAUAUCCGAGCCGUGUUCAGAUAUUGUAACACGUGGCCUGUAGCAGUUGACAUGUUGGCUUCAAAGAAGAUCGAUGUGAAGCCUCUGGUCACCCAUCGCUUUCCCCUGGAGGAAGCUCUUGAAGCAUUUGAAACCACAAAAAAAGGGGUGGGAAUCAAAGUCAUGCUGAAGUGUGACCCAAACAACCAGGAUCCCUGAGAUUUCAUUUUUUGGUUGUCUGUCGGUGCACCCAAAGCUGUAAUCACUCAGUGGUUGUCUUCCCCCCCCCCCCACCCCCACC